CCGAGGAAGCCCCGCCCAGCGUCACGUGACCGCUGCAUCAGCUGACCCGGCGCGACAGGAAGGUGAAAGUCCUAGGCGCGGGCUUCCUGGAGCAAUGAGGUUCCGAUUCUGUGGUGACCUGGACUGUCCUGACUGGGUCCUGGCAGAGAUCAGCACGCUGGCCAAGAUUUCCUCUGUGAAGCUGAGGCUGCUGUGUGGCCAGGUGCUGAAGGACCUUCUGGGAGACGGGCUUGAUUACGAGAAGAUCCUGAAGCUCACUGCGGACGCCAGGUUUGAGUCAGGCGAUGUGAAGGCCACAGUGGCGGUGCUGAGUUUCAUCCUCUCCAGUGCGGCCAAGCACAGCGUGGAUGGCGAGUCCUUGUCCAGUGAACUGCAGCAGCUGGGGCUGCCCAAAGAGCACGCGGCCAGCCUCUGUCGCUGCUACGAGGAGAAGCAGAGCCCCCUGCAGGAGCGCCUGCGGGUCUGCAGCUUGCGGGUGAACAGGCUGGUCAGCGUGGGCUGGCGGGUGGACUACACCCUGAGCUCUAGCCUGCUGCGUGCUGUGGAGGAGCCUUUGGUACACCUGCGGCUGGAGGUUGCAGCUGCCCCAGGUGCCCCGACCCAGCCUGUCACCAUGUCCCUCUCAGCAGACAAGUUCCAGGUCCUCCUGGCAGAGUUGAAGCAGGCCCAGGCCCUGAUGAACAACCUGGGCUGAGAAGAAAAGCACAGGGCCCCAUGUGGAGCUGCCCUUGAACUUCUCAUUAUGGGGCGGCCCCAGCUCCAGGACCCUGAGGGCCUGGUCUCCUGGAUCUCUGGCUUCCUAGGUUACUGCCUGGGAUCCUGAGAACACUUCCAGCAUUGCCUUCCCUCCCCCGUGAAAGGCACUUAUCAAUGGUUUUCCUGAGAAGGAACAAUAAACAGAAAUGUGGAAAGUGUAAA